GGCAAGUAUCCCGUGACGACAAGGCGGUAUAAGUCCAUUAUCAAAGACGACGCAACACCAUAACAACAACGACUUAUGCUAGAAACCAGUCUGGAUAAUACUUAGCUACCUACUUAACCAAGUGGUGCCCGAUAGACGUGUCAUUCCACGACAAUUCACAACACUCACUAAUCCUUUCUUUGAAAGAUAGACUGACAGACCACACACUUACUUCGUAAUCAUGUUGUCGUCGUCGUCAACUUCCGGUUCGCAGCAACAACCGCCCAUUAUCCUAUACCACUACCCGUUCUCGCCCUAUGCCAAACGGAUAGUCUGGUAUCUUCACCUACGUGGCAUUCCGUACACCCAAUGCCUUCAACCAAUGAUCCUCCCCCGCCCCGACCUCUCCUCCCUCCUGGGCAUCAAGUACCGCCGCAUCCCCCUCCUCUCCAUCGGCCGGGACGUCUACCUCGACACGCGCCUGAUCCUGUCCAAGCUCGAGGACCUUGAUCUUCCCUCCUUGAACCCCAAGCUCUCCGCCGCCCCCGGCACCGAUGCCCUCGCCCUCCAGAGCUUACUCUCGCACUACUCCAUCGACGGCGGUCUCUUCAGCCGGGCCGCGCAGCUUUUGUUUUCUCUCGAUAACCCCUUGCUGCGCGACCCCCAAUUUUUGGCUGAUCGCGCCGACUUCGUCGCGGGAGGAGGAGCGGGCAACGCGCCCCCCUCCCAAUUUUCUUCGAGGGAGGAGAUGGCAGCCUUGGGUCCCGAGGCGCUCGCGGACCUCAGGGAUUACUGCCAAAUGCUGGAGACGACGGUGCUAGCGGAUGGGCGGAAUUGGAUUUUGAAGAACAGUACUGACACUGACAACGACAACAACAACAACAGGCCAGGGCUGGCGGAUAUCGAAGCCGUGUUUGUGCUGCACUGGGUUAUGAGUUUGCCCGGGGCGUUGCCCAAGGAGCAGUUUAACGACGACAAGUUCCCGAGAGUGUGGAAGUGGGUCGAGAGGUUUCGGGUGGCUGUUGGGGAGACUACUACCCCCACACAACAGACAGCUGCUCAGAAGAAGGGAGAUGGUAACAACAAGGUCGCAACGAUCAAAGGGGAUAAGGCACGGGAUUUGAUCUUGGGCGCGAGGUGGAAUGAAGAUUCAGAAAAGAAGGAGGUGGAGGCCGGGGAGGCGAUUGUGCAGUUCCAUGGCCUGAAGAAGGGGACUUUGGUGGAGGUGUGGCCGACGGACAGCGGGUCGGCGCCGGCUCAUAGGGAUGUUGGACGGUUGGUGAGUUUGGAUUCCAGGGAGGUGGUGAUUGAAAAUGAGAAGGGCGUGAGGGUGCAUGCGCCUAGGCAUGGCUUCCGGGUGAAGCCAUCUUUACAGGCGGUUGCGAGCAGCUUGUGAAGUUCUUCCCAAAGUGCUUGAUGUCCACCAGAGAUCUGAAGCAUCUCAUGAAUGAUGCUGGUUGUUCUGGUUGGUCAAAAAGAUCAAAUCAUGGAUGGCUUGAAAGUCAUCGGUUUUGAGGAAGGGGGGGCGCGCUCGGAGCCCUGUCGUGGACUUUUGAAGCUCUAUCCUAAUGGACAGGGUCAGUGAGGCCAAUAGGCUAGGUACGUCGUGAACGAUGAGCUGGGUUAGUGUUCUUGCCUUAGUACAGGUGGUGUAGCACUAAAAGUUAUGUGAUCAAGAAAUGUCGAUAAUCUCUUCUC